AUGAGUUCCAUUGCCGCUCCCAACGUUGUCGCCUCGUUUGCUUGUCGUGCCAAUGCGGACUGCAACUUUGUCAUUUACGAAGCCCUCCACGACGCGGCUUUUCUACACAGAGCUCUCCAAAUGGCCAAGAAAUUCAAGAAGACCAGUCACUCCACCACCAACAACAAUGAUCCCAACCGCAAACCAAAGAAUCCUGGCAAGGAAUCCCUUCGUGGACGACGACAAAGUGUCAAGCACUUUUGUCAAACCGAUGGCAAUGAUGAUGACUUCCUGCAGCGAUAUCACUGUGGAGACACUAGUAUUGAUCCCAACAAUAACAACCAGAAGAUUCAAGUCUGCCAUUUCAAUGGAGUCGACUUUACAACCAUGUGUGUUCGACCGCACAGUGCUCUCUUUCGCAAUCUUCAUGCUCGCGACUAUUGUGGGCCUUGCAGUAUUAUUGACACGGAAGGUGGUGGUGAUGACGCCAUGAUUCAUUGGCACGGUAAAAAACCCUCCAUGGGAAUGGGAGUCCCUCAACCCAGACAAAAGACGGAGCAGAGACAGCGGCCUCGCAAGCCAAGGCUUGUCCCCAUGGGAGUUGUGCAAGUGCUGGACGACAACAAUGACAUGGAUCUGAACUAA